UUCUUAAUCCAGCGAGCACCUACUCGUCAACUUCGCCUUUGGCCUCGACCCCGCUCGUCCCGCCGACUUGCAAACAAAAAUGGCCGAAGUAGAGAAUUCCCACGUACAGGCCGUACUUCGACGUUCAGCAAAGAGAACGAGGGAGCUGUUCGCGGAAGACUUCGCGUCACCCUCCACACUGGACUCCGUGCCGUCGAUACCAUACUCGAUAGCCCCGUCGGUCGCGCCGCCACAGCAAGUCGCAGAGCAAGCAAACAUCGCGUCGAGAAUACGGAACGAGUACAGGGACGCCAAAGAGCUGCCUCCUGCACUCGCUGCGAAGUUCGCAGGCGCCGCAGCGUCGGCCGCAGCGCGGCGGGCGAAGAAAGCCAAGGCCGCAGCGCCGGAGCGCGCCUCGGAUGAGAAGAUGGCGAGCAUGAUCGAGGGCAUCUCGGAGCGCGAGGAGGCCGCGCGAAGGAGCGAGGCGUCGAGUGCUCUGAUCGUGCGAGGGAAGGGCCCCGUGCCGCCUAAUGCCAACGGGCCGACGAACCAGAGAGACCUUCCGUCGACCAGCCUGGUGCGCAAGGAGGCGUACCGGCAGCCGAAGCCAGAGUGGCACGCGCCCUGGAAGCUCAUGCGCGUCAUAUCUGGGCACUUGGGCUGGGUGCGCGCCCUCGCCGUGGAGCCGGACAACCAGUGGUUCGCCAGCGGCGCCGGAGACAGGACGAUCAAGAUCUGGGACCUGGCCUCUGGCAAUCUGAAGCUCACACUGACGGGCCACAUCUCGACCGUGCGAGGGCUGGCCGUGUCGCCGCGCCAUCCGUACCUCUUCUCGUGCGGCGAGGACAAGAUGGUCAAAUGCUGGGAUCUGGAGACGAACAAGGUCAUCAGGCACUACCACGGACAUCUGAGCGGCGUCUACACGCUCGCGCUGCACCCCACGCUCGACGUGCUCGUCACCGGCGGACGCGACGCCGUGGCCAGAGUGUGGGAUAUGCGGACCAGGCAGAACGUCCACGUCCUCUCCGGCCACAAGGGCACCGUCUCGGACGUCAAGUGUCAGGAAGCCGACCCACAAGUCAUCAGCGCGUCUCUGGACGCCACCGUGCGGCUGUGGGAUCUCGCCGCGGGCAAGACCAUGGGCGUGCUUACGCAUCACAAGAAGGGCGUUCGGGCGCUGGCCACCCACCCGACAGAGUUCACCUUUGCGAGCGGCUCGACCAACUCCAUCAAGCAGUGGAAGCUGCCGGAGGGUGCCUUCAUGCACAACUUCGACGGGCACAACGCGAUCAUCAACACCCUUGCCGUCAACGAGGACAACGUGCUCGUCUCGGGCGGCGACAACGGGUCCAUGUGCUUCUGGGACUGGAAGACCGGUCACAAGUUCCAGGAGCUGGACAGCAUCGCUCAGCCGGGCAGUCUGGACGCGGAGGCGGGCCUGAUGAGCUCCACCUUCGACAGGACCGGUCUCAGGCUGAUUUGCGGCGAGGCGGACAAGACGAUCAAGGUCUGGAAGCCGGACGACGAGGCGACGGAGGAGACGCAUCCGCUGAACUGGAGGCCGAGCAUGGCGAGACAAAAGUAUUGAUCACGCAUCCUUCUUCUUGAGGCAGGGUCGUUGGAAUCCCGUUUUUUUUUAUAUAUAUCCAUGUUAUAUAUACAUAUAUACCCCUCCCCCCCCCUUUUUUUUUGGAAAAAAAGUGAACUUGGCCUCCUCCUUCGCCUCCCCUACGGUUGACAAGAAAACGAAAACGUGGUUCUACUUUAUGGGAGUUUUUUUUUCCCUCCCUCCUCUUCUUCACUUCCUUCCGCCUCCACCGUCUCGUCCUCUGCGUAAACGAGGCUUCUUUAUUUGGGGAGCCAGGCUUCGCGCGUCUGGCGUACCGGGAUCACGUUCGCUCCAGGCCCGGUGAAAAAAGCUGGUGCAAAAAAUAGAAGGGACAAGAGAGCGGUUUGUGGGGAGGAGGGGAGGCAGGGUUAGGGCGAGUAGAAAGAAUAAAAGAAAAAACGGGAAUUCGGUCUCUUGCCACGAGCGUACGGAUUUUUGUCGCACGUGAGUCGAUCGCCUCCUCGACGUUUGCUCGAACACGGUCGAUCUUUUUGAGCACGAUUCGCUGAGUUAGUUCCACCUGAUCCAUGUCAUCCAUGCGCCACAAAAAAAAGAAAGCUUCUCCCCUCAGGCUUAUACCCCCCAACCCCCGGGCGAGGCGCAGGGCUUAGAAUUCGGCUUGGAUCUGCCCCCGGAG